AUGGUGGACUACUACGAGGUGCUGGGCGUGCCCCGCCGGGCGUCGUCCGAGGCCAUCAAGAAGGCGUACCGCAAGCUGGCGCUCAGGUGGCACCCCGACAAAAACCCUGAGAACAAGGAGGAGGCGGAGAGGCGGUUCAAGCAAGUGGCCCAGGCCUACGAGGUGCUGUCGGACGCCCGCAAGAGGGACGUGUACGACCGGUACGGCGAGGCGGGAGUGGAGGGCGGCGGCGGCGGCGGCGGCGGGCCCCGCCACGACCCCUUCGAGUACGUCUUCACCUUCCGCGACCCGGCCGAGGUCUUCAGGGAGUUCUUCGGGGGCCAAGACCCGUUUUCUGCCUUCGACUUCUUCGGAGACCCGCUGGAGAGCGUCGUGGGCGGGCGGAGGAGCUCCCGCGGCGGCGGCGGCGGCGGCGGCGGGACCGUCCCCUUCUUCUCCGCCUUCAGUGAAUUUCCAGCAUUCGGGGGAGGUUUUUCCUCUUUGGAUACGGGAUUCAGUUCCCUGGGGAACGGAGGCCUGUCUUCCUUCUCCAUGUCCUGCGGUAGCGGCGGGACGGGCAACUUCAGAUCCGUGUCGACUUCCACCGAAAUCGUUAAUGGCAAGAAGAUCACCACCAAGAGAACCGUCGAGAAUGGCCAAGAACGGGUGGAGGUGGAAGAAGACGGAGAGUUGAAGUCCCUGGUGAUAAAUGGCAAAGAGCAGUUGCUGCGCCUUGACACCAAGUGAUUUCCAGUCCACGUUUCAUUUUAGAGCACGUUGUGAGGAAUAGCAGGACUUUGG